AUGUCUGUGGUGAUAGGUGGUACUAUAUACGCGUGUGGUUACCCAUCUCUACGAUCAGGGUCGCAGCGGGAGCCGGCUCGUCCAGUAGCCGGAGAGGAUAUUGCCUUCGGCAUCGGUGCCCUCCCAGCACCUUGGUUCGCAGCAGAAAUCAAGCAUCGACCAGGGAGGGUGUCCGGUUCGGCGACGCCGGUGCCUGAGCGCAGUGCGGGCCCAGGGGCGGGUUCGAUGGCCUGCUCGCUUGCUCCCUUCCACCAAGUUGGGGACGUGGAAUCCGUGAAAAACGGUCCCAGAGAAGAGCCAGCAAGGGCACGUCAAACGAGGAUGUUGCCGCCAGCCAGGAUCAGAAAUCAGGCCGCUGCCUUGGCGCGCCUACAUCGCGCCGUUGUGCCGCCAGGAAGCGCCUAG